CGGCAAGCACUGGAUCUUCAAAACCAAUCUUUGCCUCGUCUACGGCGCCACCAUGAAGAUCAUUGCCGACGGCUUCCUAACCACACUCACGCCGGAGACGGUCCCGCGGGCACUCGGCCUCGGCUUCAUCUCGAUGAUCGCCACUGGGUGGACCUCCGUGUCCCUGAUCAUCUGUGUGCAGCUAGCCUGCGAAGACCGCAACAUCGGGCUUGCCACGCUGCUCUGCGGGUGUGCACGCGCCAUUGGCGGCAGUGUCGUCGUCACCAUCUACUCAUCGCUUCUCACAAACAAGAUCGCCGACGACUCGGGGCCGCGCGUGGCGAAGGUCGUUGUGCCCCUCGGCUUUAAGAUCCCGUUACUGCCGAAACUCAUCGGAUACCUCAGUCACGGCGACGUUCGCCACGCUGCGGCGCUGCCCGGAGCUACCCCGGGGAUCAUAGAGGUGGCGGCUAAGGCGCUGCAGUGGUCGUGGUCUGAGGCUUUUAAGCUGGUUUACAUCUCGGCAACGGUAUUUGCGGGACUGUCCCUGGCCGCGGCGCUGUUUGUUCAGGACGUGAGCCAUAAUAUGACGGAUAACGUUGCGGUAAGGUUGGCGAAUGAGAAGGAGCGCGUCAAUACUGUUGAUGCGUGAGGAUGUGCGCUUUCAAGGAGGGAGAUGCGCACGACCGGAAAUCUGAUGGUUGAUGGUUGAUGAUUCACGACGGCUUUUUGUUUGUAUCUGGCAUUGGGCAGCGGGCUCGCAUGUGGGACAACGUGGAGGAAUAUGUUGCAAUUGAAAUGAGA